CAAUUUAUGGAAAAUGGGGAUUUCAUUCGUAUGACGUGCUUGUUAAAGUGUGUGUGCCCCCACUACCUGCAUUAGGUUGUGAUGACCCACACUACUUCCAAAUGUUUCUGUGACCCUCCCCAUUCCUGACUCCUAACCUCUAAUACCUGACCUUUGACCCCACUAUGGGUAGUGUUGGCAGUGGGGUGGCAGGAGAGCAGGAGUUUGCCAUGAAGUCUGUGGGCACACGGACGACCCUGCCCCGGGCGCCUCCUCUCUCUCGUCGUUGCCCUGCCGACCGCAGCUGCAGUGCAGAACGGUUGCCCCGGCCACCAGCUACAAUAUCGGAUGGAACGGCCUCUAGUGAUGAACGAGGAAGUGUUAGUAUCGGGACUGCAACCUGUGUUGGUACCGAUCGUCCAACUGAAACAGCCUCCUCCACCAACACAGAGUUCACCAUGGUGGGCCCAGCGAACAACAACCAGCUGGAGUGCGGCAAUGGAGCAGGCAGGAGGGAGAGAGAGUGGGAGCGGCAGCGUGAGAGGGGGAGAGACAGGGACCGAGACAGAGACUGGGAUAGAGAGAGGUUAGAGAGGGAGCGGGAGAGAGAGAGAAACCGGGAAAGGGAGCGAGAACGAGUGGAGAGGGAGAGGCUGGAACGAGAAAGGGAACGGGAAAGGGAGAGAGCCAGAGAGAGAGAAAGAGAGAGAAUCGAGAGAGAGAAGAUCGAGAGGGAGAGGGAGCGAGAGAGAGAAAGAGAGCGGGAGAGAGAAAGAGAGAGGCUGGAGAAUGAGAGGCUAGAGAGAGAGAGGGAGAGGGAGAGAGAAAUGCAGGGAGCAGGUUUAGAUGUUUGUGGGAAUAUUGUGGUCCGAGGAGCAAAUGAGAAGAACAGCGUUGGCAUGAGUCAACACCAACACAGAGAGAUGAUGUCUGCCAGAGCUGACUGUGAGAAUAAUCCAGCUGGUCAUAACCCUCCCAACCACAAACCACCCAAGAUCCUACCUGUGUCGGGAAAACUGGAGCAGCAGAACAACUCAGGACUUGUUCGUCCCUCUGCCUUCAAGCCAGUGGUUCCCAAGAGCUUCCACUCCAUGCAGAACCUAGUAGGUCAGGCAGGAGGGGCUGGAAGUGAGGGGAAAUCCGAGGUGAGAAGUGAGGGGUUCAGUGAGGGAAGAGGUGGCAGGAGAGUCAGAGAUGGAGGAGAAUCAGGAGAGGUCCCAGAGGCCCUUCUCCUUGACCAGGACAGCCCAGUGAGGGCAGGUAGGAGUGAGGGUGCGGGAAAUAGUAAUGAAGUGGUUCAGGGAGGGAUGUCUGAUUCAGGGAGAAACUCCCUGACCAGCCUGCCUACCUAUACAGGCUCAGGGUCUGGUUGUGGGCCCCCAGCAGUUCUCGGGCCUCUCAGUGCUUCUACCAGCCACAUCAACAGGCUGGGCAUGGCUGGGGCAGCUGCAGGCCUGGACAAGCUGGAAAAGCCUGGAUACCAGAACGGUCUGAGCGCUUCAGAUAGUGGCCGCUCCUCUUCAGGAAAGAGCUCAUCAUCCUAUCAGAGGCUUAGCCACCUAAGUGAUGCCCCAGCACCCCUACGUCCCUCUCCUUCAUCAGAUGACAUUAUCCAGGACCUGGAGGACCGUUUGUGGGAGAAAGAGCAAGAGGUGCAACAUAUGCGGCGAAAUCUGGACCAGAGUGAGGCAGCAAUUAUUCAGGUGUUUGAAGAGAAGCAACGUGUCUGGGAGCGUCAGAUGGAUGAGCUGAGACAGAACUACGCUUCACGUCUGCAACAGGUUACGCGUCGUGCCCAGCGCUCGCAGACUGCCUUGCAGGCCCAGAUAACACGUCUGUCCCAGGAUAAGAGGAGGCUGCAGGAGGAGAUGGCAGCUCUGCUGGCCCAGAGAGAGGAGCUGGAGAGAAAGUGUCUCGAUUACAGGAAGGAGCAGGCUGACAUCCUGCCCCGUCUAGAGGAGACCAAGUGGGAGGUGUGUCAGAAGGCGGGAGAGAUCUCUUUGCUGAAGCAGCAGCUGAGAGAAAGCCAGGCUGAAGUGACCCAGCGAGCUGGAGAGAUGGUGGCUCUUAGGGGCCAGCUGAAGGAGCUCAAUGCUCAACUGAGGGAGCGGGAGGAGGCCAUGCUGGGUCUGAAGGACUCCUAUAGUUCCAAGAGUGUUGAACUUGAGAAAUGUGAAGGAGAACUAAGGAGGACUCUGUCAGAGGUAUCCAUCCUGAGAGAGAAGCUGGGUGUAUUUGAGGCAGAGGUGCUGAGUUUAAAGCGGGCUCUGAAUGAAGUGAGCAGAGGAGCUGAAGUUGUUGUAAGCCCUAAUUUAGCUGCUGCAGGGCUUCUUCCACCCUGGGGAGCAGUGCACUGCCCACGAAACCCCACUGAGCCCUCGACCACCUCCCUUACUCCCACAUCUGACACCCUGCUGAGUCUUCAGAGUGAUGAGGCCAAAGCCCAAAGACAAGAAGCUCAAAGACAGGAGAGGCAGCAACGUGAAGAAGCUCAGUGGCGUGAUGUGCAGCAGCGCCAAGACAUCCACAUCCAGCAAGAUAUGCAGAUACGUCAAGAGACACAAAGCCGACCAGAGGCCCAACUACGCCAGGAAGCCCAACUCCGACAGGAGGCCCACCUCCGACAUGAAGCUCAAAUCCGUCAAGAAGCCCAACUACGCCAGGAAGCACAGCUUCGUCAAGAGGCCCAUCUCCGUCAGGAGGCCCAGAUGCGUCAGGAGGCUCAUCUCCGUCAGGAGGCCCAGCUCCGGCAUGAGGCCCAACUACGUCAAGAGGUCCAGCUUCGUCACGAGGCUCAACUUUGCCAGGAGCUGCGCCAGGAUGCCCACCAGCCACAGCGAGCCCAGGAGGGUCAUUGGGAUGAGGCCGGAGAGCUCCGCAGGCAGCUGGAGCAACUGCAGUCUGUGCUGCGGCUGGAGAGACAGCAACGAGAACGUCAGGCCCUUAAUUUUGACCAAGAACGACACACAUGGCAGGAUGAGAAAGAACGGGUUUUGAAAUAUCAAGCGCAGCUGCAGCUCAGCUAUGUGGAAACACUGCAGAAGAACCAAGCUUUGGAAAAACGUAUGAGCCAGUUGGGAGCCAAAGUGGUCACGACAUCCACCACCACCCCUACCACCACCACAACUACCACCUCCCCCUCUUCCUCCAAUUCUCCACCUCCACCACCAUCCCUUUCUCCUCUGUCUCCCCAGACAUCAGCCUCUCUCCCUGGACCUAUCACCCUCACCAUCUCCCCACCGUGUGAAGACCAGAAGGGCCCAUCUUCUCUCCACCAGCUUGCUCCUCCCUGGGCCGGACCUUCACGUCUGGAGAGGAUAGAAUCCACGGAGAUCUAGACACAGCUACAACAUGACAACACACACGCAGUGACACAAUACACUGUCAUACAUCACUUCACAAUAGUGUCAAUCAGUACAGUACUUUUCAAAUCAUUUAGAAGCCAAACAACAAAAAACAGACUGUAAACUUCAGUGUUUAUCUGCAACAAGCAGAUCAACAGAACAACAUCUACUAUAUCAGCAUUGUAAAAAGCCUUUCUAUCACAUGUUGCACGGUAUAGUCUACAUAAUCAGUAUUCUUGAAAAGUAUGCCACA